AUGUUUAACAAUAAUAAUAACGAUAAACAAAAAGAAAUCUGUACAAGUGCAGUUGGAGAUUGUGAUGGCCGCAGCUCUACAGGAAAUGUAAACGGCGAAAUUGGUGACAUUAUAGGAAUUAACUUAAACGGAAACUCUCGUGGAAAUAUUCAUAAUUACGAUUCUUCUCCUCUUUCUUCCAAACAGUAUUCCAUAUAUUAG